CGGGUGCUCUGGGCCACCAAGAUGGCGCUGGCUGUGGAAGCCUGGGUACCCGCUGCGUCCACAGCUGGGGGCCCGGCUCCGGGUACAGAGUAGUGCUGUUUUGGCCGCGGGGCUGCGCUCGAGCGUUCGCAGUUCCCCCGACCUCGGGGACACCUGCGUCUUCCUCCCCGGCGAGUCCAUGAACUCCGUGUCGCCGGCCGCGGCGCAAUACCGCAGCGGGAGCCCGGAGGACGCGCGCCGGCCGGAUGGUCGCCGGCCAAGGGGACAAACCCGGAUCCCGGAUUCCAACAGCCUGGCACCUUCGGGGUCAGGCGUGGCAGCUCUCAGCUCAUCUGGGACCGACCCCGCCGAGCCUGACGAGGUGGACAAGUUCAAAGCCAAGUUCCUGACAGCCUGGAACAACGUCAAGUAUGGUUGGGCAGUCAAAAGCCGGACCAGCUUCAGCAAGAUCUCCUGUGUGCACCUGUGUGGGCGACGCUACCAUUUCGAGGGAGAGGGUGACAUCCAGCGGUUUCAGAGGGACUUUGUAUCUCGACUGUGGCUCACAUACAGACGGGACUUUCCACCCCUUGCUGGGGGCAGCCUGACCUCCGACUGUGGCUGGGGAUGUAUGUUACGAAGUGGUCAGAUGAUGCUGGCCCAGGGCCUGCUCCUGCAUUUCCUGCCUAGAGACUGGAGGUGGGUGGGAAGCACAGGACUGGCUCCCUCUGAGGCGCCAGGCCCAGCCUCUCCCAGUCACCACCGAGGGCUUGGUCGUCAUGUGUCCGCACGCUGGGCCAAGGGCACACUGGAGAUGGAGCAGGAUCAUUGGCACCGUCAGAUUGUUUCCUGGUUUGCUGACCAUCCUCGGGCCCCCUUUGGUUUGCAUCAACUAGUGGAGCUUGGGCAGAGUUCUGGCAAGAAGGCAGGAGACUGGUACGGGCCCUCUGUGGUGGCACAUAUCCUCAGGAAAGCUGUGGAAAGUUGCUCCGAGGUUACCCGCCUGGUGGUGUACGUCUCUCAGGACUGCACGGUGUACAAGGCAGAUGUGGCACGCCUGGUGUCCUGGCCAGAUCCCACAGCAGAGUGGAAGUCUGUGCUCAUCCUGGUGCCUGUACGACUGGGUGGUGAGAGCCUUAACCCCGUGUAUGUGCCCUGUGUGAAGGAGCUCCUGCGCUUAGAACUCUGCCUGGGCAUCAUGGGGGGCAAACCUCGGCACUCACUGUAUUUCAUUGGUUACCAGGAUGACUACCUGCUCUAUCUGGAUCCUCACUACUGCCAGCCCACAGUGGAUGUCAGCCAGCCCAACUUUCCCCUGGAGUCCUUUCACUGCACCUCGCCCCGCAAGAUGGCCUUUGCCAAGAUGGACCCCAGCUGUACUGUGGGGUUCUAUGCUGGGAACAAGAAGGAGUUUGAGACUCUCUGCUCGGAGCUGAUACGGAUCCUCAGCUCCUCCUCAGCCAUGGAAAGAUAUCCCAUGUUCACCGUGGCUGAGGGCCACGCUCAGGACCACAGCCUGGAUGCCCUCUGCACCCAGCUUUCCCAGCCCACACUGCGGCUGCCUUGCACAGGACGCCUCCUCAAGGCCAAAAGGCCAAGCUCCGAGGACUUUGUGUUUUUAUAGUGGGAAGGGACGGGGAAAGAUGCCAGACUAUUUAUUUUUUUAUUUAUGUCAUGUCAGGUAUGGGAUCUGGAACUCUGGUGGUGCUGCUGGACCCCUGUCCUCAUGGCCUCCAUC